AGGAGUACGGGACUUUCUUCCUCUUACGUCUCUCUCUUCCCUGUAACCGUCUUCCAUCUUUGCACCCAAAAUAAAAAACCGAGCUUUGUUUAUUUUCUUUGAUAAUAAAUAAAGUUUUUUUUUAAUGCGAAAUUUGUAAUUCAAAACAGGUUGUUGGCUCUCUUUUGGUUUUUUUUGUCUGUUGGGUUUCUGGCCUAUUUUUUUUUUUAGGCAUAAACUUUGGGAUCAAAAUUUGAGGGUUUCUUCUUCUUCCUCCGCGGAAGUAGCACUGGGGGAGAAAUGCAGGAUCCAAGGAUGUUACAACCUGAUGAAAUAUCGAAUCAUAAGCCUCGAAAGAAGAAGACACCACACCGAAAGGCUCCUAUGCUUGCUGCCAAUGCAGGUCAAGAUGUACAAGGUUCUAUGCCGAUGAAAGCAGUGCCAAAGGCUCCUAAAAGAAAUGUGACGAAUGUGGUUUCUCCAUUGGUUCACCAAUCAGAUAGGUCAAACUCAGAUUCUGUGCCGGAUUCUUCAACUUCUGGGAACGAUUAUCGAGCACUCAGGCGGAAGUAUUUGCUGCUUGAGGAAGAGAGUUGCUCACUGGGGGGAGACUUGAGAGCAAUCGAAGAGGAGGUUAACACCCUUGAAAAUGAGAAGCUUGCACUCUUGGACAAGCUUGUUGUGUUAGAGGGCCUGGUUGAUCCUUCCGAGUUGCAGUCUCAAGGGAAAUUAUAACUCAUAGUUUCUCACAUCAUCACAGCUUGUUGUGAUAUGUUUUCAUAUAGUUGAAGAAUGGAUCAAUGUCGAGCUCGUUGAGGAAGUCAGCUCUCCAAAACAAGGUUUUUAUUGGGUAGUAAAUGUAUGAUGAAUGAAUGAAGAAUGCCCUCUGAUAUUGUAAAUAGAGGUGGAUAAGACAGACAGCUCGUAGUCAUAGGUUUGAUUCAUUGUUUUUAACUCACUGAGUUCAUAUAUAAGACUUUGUUGCAUUGAUUUCUUUCA